UAUCAUGUCAGGACUCGAUGAAAAAUUCAGAUUGGGGAAAUCGACGGAAAAAGGGCAGACAAUUAUUAUCAAUGAAAAAACUUAUAAUACGAAACAAGUAGAGACUUCUAUUGCCAUCCUUGCUAGCCCAGAACCCGAUGUCGUUUUGGAAGCACUACUUUUCUUAUCCAAAUACGCAGAUAUCAGCACAGAAAAUGCAAAAUUUUUAAUAUCGAACGGUUUAAUACAGAGACUAGUACAGUGCGACGCCAAUAUUUGCAUUCUUCGUGUGUCGUUACGACUUUUAAGCGUCCUUCUUGAUCUAGAAGAAGCUACACACGAAAUACAUCAAGAGAAAUACGACCAAACGUUAAGACGAAUUUUGGACAUGUACGUCCAUCCUAAAGAUGCGCAUAUAACGCAAUUCUGUGCAAAUAUAUUAUCCAAAGUGGUGUGGUCCCAAAGGAUCAAAACUUUAGUUGAUGAUUCAGGUCUGCUAGCAGCAAUCUUUGCAAAUUUGAAAAUAUCGGGAAACGAUCUUCUAGUUCACCACACGCUAAAGUUGCUUUUAAAUAUCGCACAAACUUCGAACGAACUUGCUUCCUGGGAGUUUCCAAUGUGGCACUUAAACGCUGUGGUCGCCCAUUUAAAUAACAAUGAUUCAGGAACUGUCAAUUUGGCAUUCGAUAUAAUUGAAGAACUUACAAAUAAGAACAUCCCUGUCAUUCAAGAAGCAUUUAAGUCCCUUCAGCUCGUAGAGAACAUGCUUAAAAUCAUCAUGAAUGAAGAAAGGCAGGAGUAUCACUCGAAAGCGCUUCUGAUAUUGCACAAUUGUUUGAAGGCUGACGAAACGUGCUGGUACUUCUUAGAGUCCAUCGAAUUUUUGGAACUAUGCCAGUGGGCCAAAACUUGUGCACUAACAUAUCUUUUGGCAUUGAUAGAGGUUUUUGUAGUUUUGACAGCUAUUCCGGAAAUAAAACAGAUGCUGUUUGAUUUGUCCGUGGAAGAAUCGAUCCUAUAUUUUUUCAGGAGCAACGAAAAGGAAGUAUUAAAUAAAACGUGUCAGGCAGUGUCGAAUAUGACAAGUCAUAAGUAUUGCUGCCAGAAGAUGUUAACUCCAGUUGUAGCGAAAAUUCUUGUUGACUUCCUAGAUCAAGAAGAUCCUCUAAAGGAAAUCGCUCUUAAAACUAUUUUGAAUUUUAUCAGAAGAUAUGUAAAGGCACUUGAUAUAUUUGUAUCUGCCGGGUUUCUAAAAUUUUUUAUGAAAUGUAUUCACCAGCAACACGACUCUGUGUCUGAAGAAAAACUACUAAUUAUUUUAGAAAUCACCUACCGAUGCGUGGCUCAUCCGGUAUACCAAUCAGAAAUAGCGUCGAACGAGUUGUUUAUUAGAAUAUUUAAGUGGUUUGUGACUCAUACGAUCGAAGUCUCAAAACUUUGUUGCGAGCUGGCAUCGCUUCUAAUAUCGUUAGAAAUUUUCAGACAAUUUUUUGUUACCGCAAAAAUGUCAAGAACUCUGUUGGAGAGUCUGCGCUCCUGUGAAAAUGAAGAUUUGCUAACCAUGAUUUUAAAUUUCAUGUUUUGCGGUUUAACAUACGAGGAAAUUGCUUCUGAUCUUUUAAGAAAUGGGAUAGUUAUGUCCAUAAAAUCCUUACCUCAACACACUAUAGAAAAAAGUUCCUUGAUAAAGACAGUAUUGCACUUAACUUACAAUUGUUGCCUACAGAUGAAAUUUUUCGAAACCAAUAGACUAGAAGUUUUUGAAAAAAUUGAUAAUAAAUUUUAUGUUAUUAACGGGGAAUGGUACGGUCCCUUCCCGUUUUUGGAAGUUCUAGAAGUUAUGAAAGUCUCACCAAGGCCUACCAUAUACUUGGUGGAUUUUUCUUGUGAACUGGCGAAAGAAGAGAUAGUAGACACUCCGACUCCAAAACGCACCAAAAUUAUUAGAAGGUCAUCUAGAAGCUCGGACUCGCUAACUAACUUCAAAAAAGAAUCCACCUCAACUCCGAAGAAAAUGAGCUCCAGAAGUUCAAUUGUUUCUGGGGAGUCGCUUAUCUAUUUUCCCACCGCAUUUCAAAUUAAUUUCGGAAAAAUAUCACCCGAUCCAUUUCUUUCCCUUUAUAUCCGUCACAUCAAGAAAUAUGAACAGUUUCUGAGCGGACGUAUGAAAGAGAGGAUAAAACAUUUAGCGGAAUAUGUUAACACGCUACUCUGCGGUCAGACCGAAAAUCUGAAUUUGGCGCAGAAAAUCCACGAAUAUAAACUACACCUGCAAUUCCUCAAAAAUAAAAUAGGCAACAACGUAAUUCCCAUAGGAUACCUAAGAGUGGGGUUUCACUGCGAAAGGGCGCUACUUUUCAAAACCCUGGCGGAUCAAAUAUCAAUUCCCUCAUGUUUAGUCAAAGGAACCGGUAGGAUCUAUUGGAACGAAGUAGCGAUUGUCGAGAGCAUCGGUAUUGAUGAAAUAUUGAAAUUUUACGUAGUCGAUUUAAUGGAGAAUAUAGGACAAUUGACGCUGGUAGGUUCGAGAGAAGCGAAUAGGUAUUGCCGCACAAAUUAAAAGUAUUGUCCAAAUUUCAAUCUAUUUCUUAGUUAUUGUAUUCGGAAUUCUGAUAUCCUUAUAUUUCUGAUUCCAUUUUAUCGGGUUCUGCUUGUUUGAAACCUUUACGUAUAUUGGACUUAAGCGCUGUCGUCGUCCAUUUGAAGCAAAAACGAUUCAGGCAUUGCAUUCCAAAAGCAUUUCAGUCUCUUCAGCUCGUAGAGAACUUGCUAAAAAUCGUCAUGAAUGAAUAAAGACAGGAGUUUCAUUCAAAAGACCGUCCGAUAUUGCACAAUUGUUAUGAGUACUGACGAAUUACGCUGGAUACUUCGUAAAGUCCAUCAAACGGUUGGAACUGUGAAUGUGGGUUACAAAACUUAUCCGCUAAAAUAUAUGUUGCUAUUGAUAGAUGUUUUUGUAUUCCGGAAAUAAGACAUACGCUCUUUGAUUUGUCCGUGGAAA